CAGCUCCGUGCGCCCCCAUGUGUUCGCCCUAGAGAGCUUUUCGGGUCAGUCAAAGAGAUCGUGCGCUACGGCUGGUCACACAAAUCGACUUUAGGCAGGUGUUCGUCCAAAUGACCGACCCUCUGUGAGCGUGAGUGUUUGAUUAUUUAAACCGCUUUAAAGCCAUCAUGACAGACGUGUGGAGCGAUCGGCUCUGCUGCAGUUCACAGCCCCCCACCAACAACAACACCACCACCACCACCAACCACAACAACACAUCCUCUUGAUAUGUGCUGUCCUGCGGACUGGGCGGUCUGUUGGUUUCGUACAAGGGCGUCGACGUUUUAUUGUAUUUUUACUCCAAUUUGUUAGCAUUUUCUGAUCUCCUACUCGAUCGCAGCAGCAGAAACUGCAGCAGCAGCGACGUCCCAAGGAGGGGCAUCCCCCCGGAGUUUAUUACAGAAGAGGACGCACCACGAACCAGGGAGUCGAGACAGAGACGGACAAGAGCAAACAUGUUCGAGAUGAGAGGAAUCCCCUUUGUCCUGCUUGACAUAGCCUGUCUGGUUCUAGCUGGACUGCCAUCUCUAAUACUCAAUGUGAAACACACGCCUUUCCGCCGGGGCUUUUUCUGUAAUGAUGAUUCAAUUAAGUACCCCCUUAAAGAAGACACCAUUUCCUAUGAGUUGUUAGGAGGUGUUAUGAUUCCCUUCACAAUAUUCACUAUUAUCUUUGGCGAGUGUCUUUCAGUUUAUCUAAAGCGCAUCAAAUCCAAGUCCCCUUUCGGCAGCUACAUUUCCUGUGUUUACAAAGCCAUCGGUACCUUCUUGUUUGGUGCCGCGAUGAGCCAGUCUCUGACCGACAUAGCCAAGUACUCCAUCGGCCGGCUCAGGCCGCACUUCCUGGAUGUGUGCAAACCUGAUUGGAAACUCGUCAACUGCUCAUCAGGGGAUUAUAUUGAAGACUUCACCUGCACUGGAGACGCGAAGAUGGUCAACGAGGGCAGAUCGUUUCCUGAGCUGAGUGGAAAUGUGCCCACCCAUCCCUCUCUCCUCUGGGUUGCCCACUGUGCGUUUACCAGGGUGUGGUGCACCAUCAUUGAUAUUUCCUGGAGCCCCAUCACCGCUCUGCGACAGUUAUCCUUCUACUCUGGCCACUCCUCUUUUUCCAUGUACUGCAUGCUGUUCCUGGCUCUCUACCUGCAGGCUCGACUCCAGGCUGAAUGGGCGAGGCUGCUGAGACCCACACUCCAGUUUUUCCUGAUUGCUGCCUCAGUGUACACAGGCUUGUCCAGGGUGUCUGAUUAUAAACAUCACUGGAGCGAUGUGCUGACUGGACUCCUGCAGGGUGCACUCAUGGCUAUCCUGGUGGUUUUCUGCGUGUCUGACUUUUUCAAGCCACGAGUAGAUGCCCAUCAAGAAGUCAACAUCCCACACACAACCCUGCAGGAGACCCCAACAAAUGGAAACCACUGUGAGAGUCCCAACUAAGCCGAGAGGUGGCGGACGACACCUUUCUGCUCUGUCUAAACGCACACCCAGGAUCCCAGCUCUCUAGCCUUUAUCUCACGCAAAUUCUCAUCCAAUACCCUGCAUGGAUUUACGGUUGAUUCUUACUUCAAGUAAGCCAAUGGAUGACUGUGCAUCCCAGAAGAAACCUUUGGAAGCUACACCUUAGGCCUGUUCAGAUUUCAAGACUUUAUAAUUUUAGGCUGUCCUGUCCGCCAAGUCUCUAUCUGGAAGGAAAGUGGCGACUACCUGUCCAAGCCUUGUAGAUAUGCUUAAGUGACCAAGACAGAUGUAGGUUAGGGGCUAGAGAUUUGUAAAGACGGGAGCCAUUUAGCACGUAUCUAUCUACUGAGCUGGUGGGAAGACUAAACUGCACGCACCCACUAAAGGGUCUGACCACUGCUAAGAGAGAGGAGGGUUGGAAACGUGAAUGUAACCUUGCUUUGAUUUUUUUCCUGACCUGGAGUCAGUCUGCUCAAGGAUCUGAUUUAGAAUCCGUUUUAGGUCGGCUCCAGCACCCAGAGAGACGCUGAGUCUCAUCACUUUGCUGCCUUAGGUCAAGUGUUAAUUAAAGGGCUAAUUAUAAGAGGAAUGUUUGCUUCUCAAGGUUAGAAUGUGCUGGAGACUAAAGCCGAUCCUAGACCAGAGGGCAACACAGUUUCACAUCUGGAGCUGCAGACGCCAGGCCACUGCCAUCGUACUCUCCAACCGUCUAAACUUAUAUAGUCAAGAAGGAAGCUUGAUCUCUAACAUGUUUGGUUAGAAAGUAGAAGAGUAGACGGUCAGUUUACGUCCCGUGUUGCCUUUGCUGGACCUUUACUGCUGCUAUCACAGCUCCCUGUGUAUCUAAGUAACAAACAUCAAGUGAACAGACAACAAUAUAAUUUUGUAUAAUCUGUAUGUACAAAAACAAAUCACCAUACAGACUUUUACUGAAAAAAAAAGUUACUAUUUACAAAUGUCUCAAAUAAGAAAA